AUGGAACAUGUAACAAUAUUUCAUAGUGAACUUUCAUCCGAUAAAAUAAAACGAUUGUUUAAUUAUACACCUCGUUUGAAACGUCUUUCGGUGAAAGUUAUGAAUUUGCCCAACAAUAAUUAUAUAACAUCUUCACAUCCAAAACUAAUUCAAUUAAAUAUGCACUUUCCUUACAGUAUAAGCAUUUCGACAAUACCAGAUUUCUUGAAAAGUAUGCCUAAUUUACGUCAUUUGGAGAUCAACCUAAGACAUAAUCUAAUCAAUGGUCAUCAAUGGGAACAUGUCAUUCGUAAUUACUUACCGAAACUCAAAACAUUCCGAUUAGAAAUGAGAUGUGUUCCUCGUGGCAAUCAAAUUAUACAAGAACAAGCUGACAACUUAUUUGAUUCAUUUCGAAAUUCAUUUUGGAUUGAUGAAAAACAAUGGUUUGUCCGAUGUUUUGUAGGAAAAGGUGUCAUUUCUCUUAACACUCUCUCUAACAAGCCUGAUGAAUACGAAGAAAUUAUUUCAGGUCUACAUAAAUACACAUGUUCAGAUGAUGAUUAUCGAAAGUAUUAUAGUUGCAUGACUACAAUCGAUGAUAUCACAUUUUUCAAUCAUCCAAUUCCAUCUAACAUUCGUCUAUCGAAUAUCACAUACCUUUGUAUAAAACUUCCCGUCAAUGCUCAAUUUUGGUCAAUUGUUCCAAAUUUAAACAAGCUAAAGACACUUGUUCUAUCAUCCUAUGAUGAUACUAUGGAAUCAGAAUUACAAGCUAUAUUAGAUCGAGCACCUUACCUAACUAUACUGACUAUUCAUCAAGAUGCAUCAUUAUCUAUACAAAUGUCAUUAUUCAAAUAUACAAAUCCAUCCAUUCGUGAACUUGAUUUAACAAAUUAUGUUCAUUAUUUCAAUGAAAAAGAGUGUCUUCUAUUAAGUCAUUCAUCAUUAGGUAUUCAAUGUGAAGUACUUUCUAUUCGAAUUAAUAAUCGUGAAAAUAUCAUUACUCUUGUCAAAAAUAUGAUCAAUCUUCGAAUAUUACGAAUUUAUCGAAGUGAUGAAGAGGAUUCAGAUCAUAUAUAUUUAAAGAGUAACAAUGAUCGGCCAUUUCUUGAGGGAGACAACAUAAAUUCUAAUGAACUUAUUCAAUGGUUAAAAGAUCAAUUGCCAUCAACGUGUGUAGUUGUUAAGGAUUUACAUUAUGUUCACAAUAUUUUAAUAUGGAUCUAA